AAGGCUGAAGAUCCAAGAGCGCACAUGUUGUGGUUUUCUAGGACCUGCCAAACGUUCUAGUCCAACGGCUUAUCCAUGGAUCGUGUUAAACUGUCGCUCUUUCCCUUUUCCCUUCGGGAUCGGGUAGCUAGAUGGUUAAAUACAUUCCCUAAUGGCCACUUCAAGACCUGGGAGGCGUUGCACCAGGCAUUCAUGCACGAAUAUUUUCCACCAUCUGCUAUGGUGAAAAUAAAGAACUCCAUCCAAAACUUACGUCAAGCACUUAUGGUAUCGAUGUGCGAAGCAUGGGAAAGAUUCAAGGAAUUGAAGGUUAAAUGCCCACCUGCUCUAAUUGAUUCCGAUAGUUUGAUGUUCUACUUUUACCAAGGCUUAACGGUACCACCUAAGAAGGAAUUGGACCACUCUUCUAAACUUGGUUCUUUUCUGGAGAUGACACCUGAGGAGAAUGAGGAGUUAGUAGAUAGACUUACAUCGAAUGCUAAAUAUUGGUAUGAAGACCGAGCUCCUCCUCCUAAAGCUGGCAUGUAUGAAGUAGACCAAUUCACAGCCCUCAAGGCUAGUAUGGAGAGCAUCGUGAAACAAACUAUCAAGGAACACCUAGAAGCUUCCCAUCCACGUCCUAACUUGUAUACUGAACCGGUGAAUCAAGCUGAAAUCUAUGGUUCUUGUAGUCACCACCAGUCCGAUCUUGUCUUGUCUUGUGAGCGCUGCUCUCAAAAUCAUCUUUCCUCUGCUUGUCCCUUGAUUGAACCACCCCCUCCGAGUAAGGCUAAAGACGUUAAUCUAGCACAAUACGCGAAUAAAGGGGAAGGACCUUGGGCCCAGAACAAUCAGGAGCAAUGGUGGGAGAGAAACAACUUUUCUAGAAACAAUCGUCCUAGGGAUGACUAUAAACAAGGUAAUUGGAACAACAACAAAACCAAUUACCAAAAUAACAAUACACCCUACGUUCCACCUCAUAAUCGCCAACCUCCCCAAGAAGAUUCCUUGGAAAGAAUGGAGAAGAUGAUGAUGGAGUGCAUGCAGAAGAUGAACAAUCUCGCAGAUGAUUUGAAGGAACGCGACAAGACGCGUGAUAACCAACUCCAACAAGUGUUCAAACAACUCGGAGUUAGAGAACAGGGGAACCUCCCAGCUACCACCGAACCAAACCCAAGGGAGCAACUUCAGACCAUAAUUUUGAGAAGUGGUAAAGAGCUUCAAGGCCCAGAAGUCGAAGGUGAUAUAGAAGAAGUCCCUGUGGAUACUUCUAUAGGAACAACCUCUCAAAAGAAGUCUGAAUCCACACCCCAAGAGACGAGGAGGGAAGAAACCCCAUCCAGCCAACCCCAACUAGCCAGACAAACUCAGCUAAACACUAUUCCCUUCCCUACUAGGGUUAAAAAGAGCAAGGACGAGAAAGCUUUCCAAAAGUUUCUCGACGUCAUUUGCCAAGUUGAGGUCAAAAUGCCCUUGGUAGAUGUGUUAACUGAGAUGCCCAAAUACGCUGGGCGAGAAAGAUUUUAUCAGCUAGAUGAGCUAGACGAAUGGCGAGCAUUAGCAUUUCAUAAUGCUAAGCUAUACAAGCUUUAUCAUGAUGCUCAUAUCAAGCAGAAUAGGGUCUUCCACGAAGGCGAAAGAGUGUUGCUUUAUAAUUCCCAUUUAAGAUUGUUCCGAGGCAAACUUUGUUCCCGAUGGACAAGGCCCUACACAAUCACCAGAAUCUUCCCUUAUGGGACUGUAGAGUUGAGAGGUGAAUCUGGUACGUUCAAGGUCAAUGGGCAACAGAUUAAGAGGUACUUUGGUGAGCAGUUUCAAAAAGGGAAGGUGGAGAUUAAACUCCACAAAUGAUGUGGUGGUCCCAAAGUGGUGAAAUACAAAGUCUAAAGGGGGGGUGAAUAGACUUUGUUACAGAUUUAAAAUCUUUUUCGUUUCUUUUGAAAACGUGAAAAUGAGUGUUAAUCUAGAGUCCUUGUGAACUUUAGAUUGUGUGCGGAAUUUGGUGGGUAGAGUGAGCAGUAAUCAAUAUGGAUAGGUUAG